GCCCUAUCAGGUGGCAACUUUUUUUUUUUCACCAGGAAGUAAUUUCGUGCCAGGGAAAAAUACUAGCAACAAAUUUAAAAAUAGACCAGUCAGAUCUAGAUCUAUGUGUUAAGUGUUUGUCUUCAUAUAGUUUCUGGAUGUUUAUGCACAUCUUUUGAAGAUAAAAAUCGGACUAGAGUCUAGAUCUAUAGACGAAUUUGGCACACAUACAGUUAGUCUUUUUAUUUUAGAUCUAGAAUCUAGAUUUACUUGUAUAACAAUAGGCCGCGUGCUAGCCUUAGGGCAUCCAGGACCCUUUUUGGAAGUCCAGUUUCAACGUCCCGUGAGAUGAUGGCGGACAUAUCAAACAGCUUUCGUUCGUCCAGCAUUUACGAAAAGCCAGAGAUGGAAGGAUACUUGGAGAAAAAAAAUUCAGGGAUGAUGAAAGGUAAAACCAAGAAAUGGUGCUACAUACAAGGAACAUCUUUGUACAUGACAAAGAACCAGGGUGUUGUGGAAAUAUUAGAUCUCUGUGAUGCCCAACAAGUCAAGAAAAUUUCAUCAGAUUCUACAUUAACAUCAUUUGAGAUUGUCAUCAAAAAGAAAUCUCACAUUUUUAUUUGUCAAACUAGUGAUGAGUGCUCACAGUGGAUUAAAGCUCUGCACAAUGCAAUGGCUAAAAAAGAUAACAAACUCAGAGGUUCAACAUUUUUUGUGGAUGAUCCUGUAAAAAAUGAAACUCAGUAUGAAAGUAUCUAUGCAACAAUACCAAAUGAUGAAAAAUCUGAGCCAAAUGAGAACAAAACAGGAAGUGUAUAUAACGUGUCUGACUACACAUCCCCCUGUGAUGAUGUCAAGGAAAAGUGCAAUGGAGAAGUUCCAGUUUACUAUGACAUACAAAGUGGAUCAGUCUUGCCAGUCUUCCCAACCACAAAAAAUAGUAUUUAUGAAGAGAUAAGCUCGACGUCAACCGUCAAGCUACAGAAUGAGCAUGAGACUGAAUUAUACAGUGAUGGUUACUCUCAGGUUAACAAAUGUAAACUUUCUCCAAAUGAUGAGGUUGCUAUUUUGAGGAGCUCUAAAAGCUUGCCAGUCAGUUGUUCAAGGCAGACAGUUACAGUUACAGACGAGACAGUGACUGACCAAACUAAUGCAAACAAUGCCAAACGCUACAGUAAUGCUAAAUUUGACAGCAUGACUGCUGUUAGUUUAAUAAAUUCAGAUAUAAAAUCUGAUUCAAAGCCAGCCAUUGUGAGUCAACAAACUGAGCUUGAAACUGUUUCAAGUGAUCCAUUCAAUAUGUUAGUGGCUGCACUCAAUAUUGAAGAAUUGCCGCUCCCAGAAUUCAACCACCCAUUAACUGAGAUGGACAGACUUCCUGUAAAAGAGCUGACAGAGUUUUUAGCUUCUCAUAAUUCACUGUGUCAUGUGCAUUAUUCAGAAAUCAUUAAUGAAGAAGAUCCUUUUAUUAAUUUGGUAUCGUUUUUGAAAGAUUUGUCAAUUUAAAUGUAAUUUAAACCAGUAAAAAAAUGCAUUUUAUAUUAUUUCUCUAAAUUGAAAGAAUUCUUAAAAAUAAAUAUUAUAAAUAUAUUGUAUUAUCUGUAAUUAUUGUUUUCUCAAAAGGAGAUUUUCAUGUAAAAAAAAUUUUGAGCUAUAGCAUUAUGGUAACUUUAAAGCAAUCUAUUAUUUUUCAUUUUGUUUAGAAUAUGUUUUAACUCUUUCAGUGCAGUAUUACUCAAAGGGAGUAGCUUAGUGGUGCUUGGAAAGUGCAGUGUUAUGCUCAGCAAUUAACUUGGUACAUAAUAAUUGUUUCACUAUCUUUAUAAUGUUUAUUUUUUUAUUUUUCUAUUUUUUGUUAUUUUCUGGAUGUGAGUUUGAUUUUUAUAUUUUUAUAUGCAUAAACAAGAUGCACUUACAAGUUAAAAAAAACAACAACAACAUCAUUGUUUUGGUGGUUCCAUUGUUUUUAACUUUGUUUACAGGACCCAAAAUAACUGAAUAAUACAAUAUCUCAGUACAUCUGUUCAUUUUGUAUUAAAUUUUAGGAGUUGAAAUUUGUUUUAACUUUCAUCGAUUAAAUGUAUAUUUAUGAGUUAAAACAUGUCAGUAGUUAUGAAUUUUGUGUACAUUUCCUUUUCUCAUAGUGAAUUAAAUCUUUAAAAAUGUUUUCUUAAAUAUUUUAUUUUAAUUAUUAUACUUUUUUGGUCUAUUCAUAUACCUUUGAAAUGAAAUCUAAUAUACUAAAUAAUAAAGAAAAUUAAAAAGUUAUGAUAGUAUUAAUACCACUUACACAGUUUUGUUUGUCCUGGACAAAUUUCAUUUUUGUAUUAAAAAAAUAUGCACUGGAAGAGUUUGGAUGAUAUUUUUAAUUUAUUUUUUCCAAAUUUAUAGUUUUCUAAUGUAUCAAAUUAGUUUUGUUUCAAGUAAACUAAAUUUUGUUGUUUCUACCCUUGAAAUAUCUAAAACUAAUUUAUUUAGUUUCAAAAAUUUAUUUAAAUUUAUUUCAAUUAACUCCCUUCUGGAAGUUUUUUUUUUUUAAAGUUUUGCAUUACACAAUUUUGUCGUGAGACUAAAGAUUUAAGAUGUAAUGAUGAAAGUGCUUCUAUUUCUAAUUCUCCCAGCAUGCAAAAGUCUUUAAAAUUAUGAUUUUGUCAUGGUUAUAAACAACAUUUAAUUCAUUUUAACAAUUAUCUAAAACCUUUCAUUUUUAUGACUGGAGCGUGGUGGCUGAGUGGUUAAGCCCUUGGCUACCAAACCUGGGGAUCUGGGUUUGAAUCCCAGUGAAGACUGGGAUUUUGAAUUUCAGGAUUUUUAGGGUGCCCCUGAGUCCACCCAACUCUUAAUGGAGUUACCUGACUUCAGAUGGGGAAAGUAAAUGUUGUUGGUCAUUGAGCUGGUCACAUGACACCCUGCUUGUUAACCGUUGACCAAAGAAACAGAUGAACUUAACAUCAUCUGCCCUAUAGAUCACAAGGUCUGAAAGGGGAACUUUACUUUUUUAAAUUUCAUGUUUAUGAUAAUUAAAAGUCCAUCACAUUCUCUUAAUAAAAUUUAUUUAUUUUCCCUUACAAAAAGAAAGCUUUAAAAAAAAUGACUUAAUUCUUAUUUGAACAAGUUACUCUAAAAAAAAAUGCAUCUUCUGUAAUAUUAAAAUUAAUCACACAGAAUUUCCUUUUAGUUUUCAAGCUUUACAAUACUUUUCAAUGUUACUAAUAGGAAAUAAUAACGGUCUCUAAAUGACACUUUUAUUUAGGAAGUAUUACACUUUUAAAGCAAGUAGUUUUUAUCUUUGGUUGCUCAAUUAAAGUGAGUUGAAAUGAAGUCUUAAGAUGGAGAUGUUUUCUCACAUUUUUGUUAGCUUGGCAUUGUGCACUUAAAAGGAUUUGGUUUUUUUUUUUUUUUUUGAAUGAACAAAAGUUGCUUUUCAGGAAAAGGACAAAAAUGAUAUUAAAAACUGUUUAAGACUCAUACAUAGUGAGUAAUGUAGCCUAGUUAGCUCAUUCAAAUCAAAAGAAAACAGUUUCAUUUAAAUUCAAUUUCAUUUAUUUAGUAUUAACAAACAAACAUUUGGCACAUUUUUUGUAAGCUAGAAAAGGAGUUUGAAACUAUUUCAAAAGUCCCUGGAGCAUGGAACAGAUGCCUCAGGAGACUUGAAUUAGCCAAGAAAUGUAAUGACUUUGUCCAAUUUAAAUGUGUAAUUAGUAUGAAUGAAUAUGUAUGCAAAUGAUGUAACAAUUUUCAUUUUUUUUUAAUGCAGGAAUAAACUAAAAGUUAAAAAAAGAAAACAAUA